CUGCCGAGGCAAUCCUCAGCCCCACGACUCCUUACCAAGUAGGAGUUUUCGGAGCCCUUGGAGGAUUUGUGCCUGCUGAUCCUCGAGCACAGGUGACCGCUGCUGAGCGGCGGCGAUCUGGAGCUCUGUGAGGAGCCUUGCCGUGGCACACUGCCACGUGCAGAGAGCACAGGCAAGCACUGCUUUGCACUGCCCACGCUCGAGCUCUGAGGGGUAGUCUGGAGGUCCCGAGCACGGAAAGCCGUUUUUGAGUGAUGCCUGAAACCGGAGCUCUGAGGGGACCUCCCACAGAGUCCUGAGUGCCAACUGGUGUACAUCGGAACUUGACACAGGACCCUGCUUCUGCGACAUUGAGGUGAGCUACACUGGUUUAAAAAUGGGACAAUCCCACUCUGCCCCUGAUCGAGAUCUCUAUAAGCAACUUAACCAUCUCUUACGUAGCUAUAAGAGUACUUUGUCUAAGAAAGAGUUAAAAAACCUUCUAGAACGGAUUCUGCUUAAUUUCCCGAAUACCGAUCGUUCAGGUGUUUUUACUAGAGACUUUUGGGACCCAGUUGGAAAUAGACUUUUUAAUGAUAUUUCACGCCGGGAUCCCGACACUUGUGAGUUGCUCCCGGCGUACAGAACCUUGGCCGACUUGUUUGCUUCACAGAAGACGGCGGCAGCCGCCUUGCCGCCUCGUGCGGUUUCUGACGACCUUGCCCACGCAGCAUCGAGUGUCGAACAGGGCUCGCCCCCGUCUCCCUGCCCGCGGCACUCGGCGCGGGCCCUCGCGGCUCCCGCCCUCGCGGCCGCCCCACCCCCUGCUGCCGUCCCUCCCUGCCAUGCCCCCUUCUCCCCUGCCAUGCCGCUCGGCGUUGUCCCCCCCUCCCCCCGCUCUCUGACCGCGCCCGCCCCCUCAGCGGCGUCUUUCGCGACUGUGGUCACCACCGUCGCCGACUUCUUGCAAAGCCAAGCGGCUACGAUUUUGCAGGCGCUGCAAACAGCCGUCGCCACGAGCGGCCCGCCGCCGCUGCCUCCCGUGGGUGCCACAGCCGGCGAGACGCCUGUGCCAGUGACAGACCAGGCCGCCGUGCCUGGGGACUGGGGAGCAGCGCCACUCGCGCCACGGAACCAAGCGACCAGGCCCCCAGUCCUCUCUCCGUGGCGGUCCCUGGCCAGAGCCCCUGCAGCGCUGCCCCAGCCGGAGCCCCCCCAGCUGCGAGGAGACGCUCUGGGGCUCCGUGCCACGCCCCUGCCGCCCCCUGCACCCGCGGACUUGCAGCAGUUCUCUCCCGCAGCCCCGGUCUUUGUGCCCGGGCCCUCCGGCCGCGCAGUGGAAUCGGCUGCCAUCAUCCCUCGCCAUGCGGACCUCGUGACACGCCCCGCGUAUGCACUGUUUGCACUACCCCCAGGCCAGCUGCCCCACGCCGCCCCCGCCGCGCCUCUGAUGCAGCCUCCCGCUUCCCACGCAUCCCAUGCCGCGGUCUACGCCCAGCCAACGUUCCCACCCCCCCACCCCACGGCAGCACCACAGCCCACGGUCCUGGCUGCGGUCCCUCAGCCACUGCCGCCACCACUGCCGCCACCACUGCCGCCAGCACUUCCGGGUUUCCGGGUUUUCUAACUCUACCACCAUAUCCAUCCGCAUAGCCAGAUCCUGUUACAGCCUCAUCACAAAUAGUCCUCUCUACACCGCCUCCUUCGCAGCUUCUGGAAACCCCAGCCCAGCAGCUACCAGCAGCUCCUGCACGACCACAGCCUCCAGCCGCCCUCCACCCUCCAACGAGUCUGCCUGCAGCACCACAACACGAUUCUACAGCAUCCUAUGCAUAUUCCUCUGCGACCCUUCCUCUGCCGGAUCUACAUUCUACAUCUGCAAGCAAAGCUCCAGGAUAUCCUUCCACACGUGCAGCACAUGCAGGUUCUUUCCAUGUGAAGGACUCAAGUGAAGCCCUACCACGCACCGAAAUCCGCUGGCACCCCCACACCAGGUGAUACUUGUGCAAGUACAAGCCAAGAAGCAAGCAUCCAAACCUGAACUGCGCAGAGUCAUCAAGACAAAAUUAUUUGCCAGAAAAAGCUUGAGAAAAGAAUGGAGUUUUA